AGUGUGGGCAACCAUCUAAUCCAUAGAGAUCUCAUGGAUUCUAGGUUGAGAGGUCAAGGAAAUGUGAAUCCUCUCCCUCUCCCUCUCCUUCUCUCCCUCUCCCUCUUCCUCUCCCUCUCCCUCUCUCCCUGUUUUUCCCUCCCUUCCUCUCUUUUAGUUUCUCCCUCUCUCUGUCUCUCUAUCCAUCUCCUCCUGCCCUUGGACAUUGGAGUUUCAGAUUUUCAGGACUUCAUGCUUUGAAACUGAAACACGCCUUCCACCAACAUUUCUGAGGUCUUUGGCCUCCAACUUCAAGUUAUCCCAUCAGCUCACCUGGUUCACAGGCCUUCUGACAUGGCCUGAAUUAUACCAAUGGUUUUCCUGGUUCUUCAGCUUUCAAAUGACAUGUGGUACUUCUCAGCCUUCAGAACUAUUAAGUGGUUCUAGGAGCAGGCUGGAUUUUCCACAAGGGAAAGGAGGGUUCUUUAAAAAGAUCUCUUGUUCCCGUAUCACUUUGUUGAUGGAGCCAGAUGAUUCUUCCCACUUACUAAGAUACAGCAAAAUAUUGUGCCAACAAGAACCUGCUCUUCUUCUCUGGCUAUAAAAACAGUCUGUGUUCCAGUCUUCAUAGGAAAUUUGGAGCGCUGCUCAAAAUUGGAAUCUGGGCAAGAAAUCUGAAAUAGUUUCCUACAUAUAGAAAAUUCCAGGACUUACUAUUUGGUACUGGAAAAUGGCUGCAAAGUAUAAAAUGGCACGUGAGCAACUGGCAAAUUCUCUUCAAGAACUCGUAGAUGAAGAAUUGAAGAAAUUUAAAAGUAAACUCACCUAUGUCAAACUCAAAAAAAGGAUUAAUAAUAUUCCCAAGGGGAAAAUUAUAGAUGCUGAUAGUGAAGAUCUUGCUGAAAUCCUGGUCCAACACUAUGGGUCAGAUUAUGCAGUGAAGGUUGUCUUGAAAGUCCUGAAGAAAAUUGAUCAGAGAAGCUUGGCUGAGAUACUCCACCAUGAAAUCAAGGAAAGAAGAAAAUAUAGCAAACAAGAAGAUGAUGAAACAGAUGAAGAUGAUGAUGAGGAUGAAACUGAUGAAGAAUCAACUGAUGAAGAAUCAAGUGAUGAUGAUGAUGAUGAUGACGACGACUGAAAAGUAAAACCUUUCCAACAAAAAAGUCAGAGCAUAUUUUCUUUCAUUGCUUUGUAUGGGAUGUGGAGACAAAUGUAAAACUUAUGAUAUUUGAUUCAGUUUUAAUUUCUAUGUUGCAUUUACACUUUUUAUUUCUCUAGUAUUUCCGAACUGUAUAAUCAUAUUUAGUCAGAGUAAAACUUAUGAGAGAUUUUAAAUUCAUGUUUCUAGAAGUUAAAAUUUUAGGUCAUGUAAGAAUUAAUCAAUCUUUUAGAUAAUAAAAGAUUUGUCUUACAUGUGGUCGGCAUUAUGGCACAGUGUAUUAAGCUGCUGCCUGUGAUGUUGGUGGCCCAUUUCAGAAUGCUGGCUUGAAGUGGAGCAGUCAGGAUUCCAACUGGCACUCAUAUGGAAUGCCAGUGUUGCAAGUGGCAGCUUACCCUCCUGAGCCAAAAAACUGGCCCUCAUACUAAUUUCUUUAUUGAACAGUAACUUGACCACACACCUUUUUUUCCCUUUUAAACAUGCUGUUAUAUUCUUUAACAAGCCUGAGAAUUGUCCAAAUGUUUGUUUUCAGCUUCCCAGAAUAAAUUUUGUCUUUAAA